AGCACAGCACCGCACCGCGAAGCCAAGCAAAACCGCGGUGCAUGCGUGCAUAGGAAUAGAAGAAGAUAGGGGUGGUCACCGCGGCGCGCCACCAGGUGAUCACCGGCCCGCGGCGGGCGGGCGGGCGGGCGUACGACAAGCCGAGCCAGCCCACGGGGCGCGACGGGGAGAGAUAGCAAGCGAGCCGAGAGCUUGCGUUGCGUGUCAUAAUACAGGCGGGCGCACCGCAACUACCAUUGCAGCCCCCACCCAGAGCGCCGGGCUAUUUUUAUUCUUCUUCUUCCUCCUCCUCCUCCUCCCUGCUUGCUGCUCUCGCGGGCGGGGGCGGGGGCGCGGCCAUGUGGACGCCGUCGCGCGGGAGCAACGCGCGGCGGGCCGGCCACCGGCGCAUCGCGGAGGGCCUCCCGGACGACCAGACCACCAACACCGACACGUCCGACAACGAGUCCUUCACCACCGCCUAUGGGGACGAGUUCUUCGCCGCGGCCGCCGGGGGGAGCGGGGCCGGGGGCAUGCUCCCGGCAUUCCUCGCCGACCAGGAGGACCUGGUGGAGGUCAUGCUGGAGCUGGACGAGGAGUCCAUGGUGGUGCGCAGCGUCACGCCCACCAGAGCCGCGCUCUACAGCGCCGCGGCGAUGCCGCACACGCCGGAGGCGCCGGGCGGCGCCCUCAGCCGCUGCUCCUCGACGUCCUCGCGGAUACGGAAGAAGUUCGCGUGGCUGCGUUCCCCGUCCCCCGCGCCCUCGCCCUCGCCGCGCGUGCCCACGCCCGCCGAGCUGCAGCGGGAGGCGGCCAUGGCGGCCCGCGAGCGGCGGCGCAUCCAGGCGCGGGUCAACCGGUCACGCGCCGGCGCCAAGCGCGCGCUCAAGGGCCUCCGCUUCAUCAGCCGCACCACCGGCUCCCUCGAGGCCGCCGAGCUCUGGCGCCGCGUCGAGGAGCGCUUCAACGCCCUCGCCCACGACGGCCUCCUCUCCCGCGACAACUUCGGCGAAUGCAUCGGAAUGGUGGACUCGAAGGAGUUCGCGGAGGGCAUCUUCGACGCGCUGGCGCGGCGGCGGAAGCAGAACCUGGAGCGGAUCAACAAGGAGGAGCUCUACGACUUCUGGCUCCAGAUCUCCGAUCAGAGCUUCGACGCGCGGCUCCAGAUCUUCUUCGACAUGGUGGACACCAACGUGGACGGGAGGAUAACGAGGGAGGAAGUACAGGAGCUGAUCGUUCUGAGCGCGUCGGCGAACAAGCUGGCCAAGCUCAAGGAGCAGGCGGAGGAGUACGCGUCGCUCAUCAUGGAGGAGCUCGACCCGGAGAACCUCGGCUACAUUGAGCUGUGGCAGCUGGAGACGCUGCUGCUCCAGCGCGACACGUACAUGAACUACAGCCGGCCGCUGAGCACGGCGAGCGGCGCGCAGUGGAGCCAGAACCUGGGCGUGGGCGGCGGCGGGGCGGCGGCGGGCGGCGGCGGCAGCAAGGGGGAGGAGGACCCGCAGACGACGUGGGGAGGAGGGAUGCGGGAGCGGCGGCGCGGGUGGGGCCGCGGCGUGAAGAAGGCGGCGUCGCACGUGCGGGUGGCGGCGGAGGAGAACUGGCGGCGCGCUUGGGUGGUGGCGCUGUGGGUGGCGGCCAUGGCGGCGCUCUUCGUGUGGAAGUUCGUGCAGUACCGGCGGACGGCGGGGUUCCAGGUGAUGGGGUACUGCCUGCCGACGGCCAAGGGCGCCGCCGAGACGCUCAAGCUCAACAUGGCCCUCGUCCUCCUCCCCGUCUGCCGCAACACCCUCACCUGGCUCCGCUCCUCCUGGGCCCGCUUCUUCGUCCCCUUCGACGACAACAUCACCUUCCACAAGAUGAUCGCGACGGCGAUCGUGGUGGGGAUCACGUUGCACGCGGGGAACCAUCUGGCGUGCGACUUCCCGCGGGUGAUCGCGUCGGGGCCGGAGGAGUACCGGCUGGUGGCGGGCGCGUUCGGGGCCACCAAGCCGACGUACGCGGGGCUCAUCUCCGGGGUGGAGGGGGUGACGGGCAUCGCCAUGGUGGUGCUCAUGACCGUCUCCUUCACCCUCGCCACCCACCCCUUCCGCAAGGGCGAGAAGGCCGCCUCCGCCUCCCGCCUCCCGCCGCCCCUCAACCGCCUCGCCGGCUUCAACGCGUUCUGGUACUCCCACCACCUCCUCGCCUUCGUCUACCUGCUCCUCCUCCUCCACGGCUACUUCCUCUUCCUCGUCCGCCGCUGGUACGAGAAAACGACAUGGAUGUACAUCUCUGUCCCUCUGGUGCUCUAUGUUGGCGAGAGGAUGCUGCGGGCCUUGCGGUCGAACGCCCACCCUGUCCAAAUCCUCAAGGUGUUGCUUCUACCUGGAAGUGUACUGACAAUAAAAAUGUCAAAGCCCUACGGAUUUCGAUACAGGAGUGGACAAUAUAUCUUUCUUCAGUGUCCGAUUAUCUCUCCAUUUGAAUGGCAUCCUUUCUCCAUAACUUCUGCUCCUGGAGAUGACUACCUAACUGUUCACAUUCGCACAAAUGGAGACUGGACGCAAGAGCUCAAGCGCAUAUUUGUCGAGAACUACUUCCCGCCGCACCUUAACAGAAGAACUUCAUUCAGCGAGUUAGGUGCGGCAGAACCAAGAACCAGCCCCCCACCAAAAUUGCUUGUAGAUGGUCCAUAUGGCGCCCCUGCACAGGAUUUCAGAAACUAUGAUGUUCUACUUCUAGUUGGCCUCGGAAUCGGAGCAACACCCUUCAUAAGCAUUCUGAAGGACCUGCUUAACAAUAUUAAGCUAGCUGACGAGUUAAUGGACUUGGCAAUGGAGACUACUCAAACUAGUAGGUCGGACGACAGUGCCAACAGCUUCAGCGUCUCAACAGCUAGUAGCAACAGGAAGAGAUCAUAUAGAACAAGCCGUGCACAUUUUUACUGGGUUACUCGCGAGCCGAUGUCAUUUGAAUGGUUCAAAGGAGUGAUGGAUGAGGUUGCUGAAAUGGACAAGAAGGGUGUCAUAGAGUUGCACAAUUAUCUUACGAGCGUGUACGAGGAGCGUGAUGCACGAACAACUCUGUUGUCAAUGGUCCAAGCUCUGAAUCAUGCCAAACAUGGCGUUGACAUCGUCUCGGGCACCAGGGUGAGGACACACUUUGCCAGACCAAACUGGAAGGAAGUCUUCACCAAAAUUGCCGCUAAGCAACCGAAUUCAACAGUCGGAGUAUUCUACUGUGGCGCGCCGACGCUGGCCAUAGAACUGAAGAACCUUUCGCACGAGAUGAGCCACAAGACGUCGACUCGGUUCCAUUUCCACAAGGAGUACUUCUGAUGGGAAGAAGCAUUGAUUCUUCUGAUCUGCAUAGCGUUAGGCACUGGUAAAGAAGAAGGAAUUUUUUGCACAGAAGCAAAGCAAACUGACCUCUCUCUCUUCCUGAUCUGGAACUGUACAUAGUAUAAAGAAGAACAGCCUAUUAGGGGAGGGUAGUUAGUGCCAUUUAUAUAUUAUUAACAAAAAAGAAAGUAAAGGAAGGCUGCUGUAUCCAAAAGGAGAAGGAAAGAGGCAGGGUAAAGAGUUGGUUAAAUUUCAGAUACUGAUAUACAUGUACACAGUAUAGUUUUAGGUAGUUACGUAUCAAAUGCUAAAGCAUAUGUACACAAGGGCCGGAGGGUGCCACUCUGAAUGUAAAUCUUCCGGGCAUUCAUUCAUGUGUGCAUCUGUGCCUAUCGGCUGCUGAUAAUAAACUCCGGCUGAUAAUGAACUCCGGUAUAUUGACACUUU